GCGGUCAGCUUUCGGACCUCAUUUCUAAGGCUCUGGCGCGGGGCCCUGGCGUGGGUAUAUUCGGGUCCCCGGGAUACUUCAGGACUUUGCCGGAGUCCACGUGGAGUUGUUGAAGCACACUGGCGGACAGGCAUUAGAACUGAUUAGGUUUCUGAUAUCCAGAUCUGUUUCUGUGCAAACAUUGAGGAGCCAGUUGGCACCAUGAAGGUCUUCUGUGGCCGUGCCAAUCCAACCACGGGAUCCCUGGAAUGGCUGGAGGAGGAUGAACACUAUGAUUACCACCAGGAAAUUGCCAGGUCAUCCUAUGCGGACAUGCUGCACGACAAAGACAGAAAUAUAAAGUAUUACCAGGGCAUCCGGGCAGCUGUGAACAGGGUGAAAGACAGAGGACAGAAAGCCUUGGUUCUUGACAUUGGCACUGGCACAGGUCUCUUGUCCAUGAUGGCAGUUACUGCAGGUGCUGACUUCUGCUAUGCUAUUGAGGUCUUUAAACCUAUGGCUGAUGCUGCUGUGAAGAUUGUGGAGAAAAAUGGCUUCAGUGACAAGAUUAAGGUUAUUAACAAGCAUUCCACUGAGGUGACAGUUGGACCAGAUGGUGACUUGCCGUGUCGGGCUAACAUCCUGGUCACAGAGCUGUUUGACACGGAACUGAUUGGAGAGGGAGCACUGCCCUCUUAUGAGCAUGCCCAUAGGCAUCUUGUACAGGAGCACUGUGAAGCCGUGCCUCACAAAGCAACUGUCUAUGCCCAGCUGGUGGAGUCCAGAAGGAUGUGGUCCUGGAACAAGCUGUUUCCUGUCCGUGUUCAGACUAGUCUCGGAGAGCAGGUCAUCGUCCCUCCCUCAGAAUUGGAGAGGUGUCCUGGGGCGCCUUCAGUCUAUGACAUUCAGCUGAACCAGGUGUCAACUGCUGACUUUACUGUCCUCAGUGAUGUGCUACCAAUGUUCAGCGUGGACUUCAGCAAGCAAGUCAGUAGCUCGGCAGCCUGCCAUAGCAGGCAGUUUGUACCUCUGGCAUCUGGCCAAGCGCAGGUGGUUCUGUCCUGGUGGGACAUUGAAAUGGACCCUGAGGGGAAGAUCAGAUGUACUAUGGCACCCUUUUGGGCACAGACAGACCCACAGGAGCUUCAGUGGCGGGACCACUGGAUGCAGUGUGUGUACUUCUUGCCGCAGGAGGAGCCCGUUGUUCAGGGCUCACCCCGAUGCCUGGUUGCCCACCAUGAUGACUACUGUGUGUGGUACAGCCUUCAGACAACCAGUGCUGAUGAGAAUGCAAAAGUCUACCAAGUGCGCCCUGUGUGUGAUUGUCAGGCUCACCUGCUCUGGAACCGGCCUCGGUUUGGAGAGAUCAAUGAUCAGGACAGAACUGACCAGUAUGCCCAAGCCCUGAGGACUGUGCUGAUGCCAGGUACCAUCUGUCUUUGUGUCAGUGAUGGCAGUCUGCUCUCCGUGCUGGCCCAUUACCUCGGGGCAGAGCAGGUGUUUACAGUUGAGAGUUCUGUAGCUUCCUACAGACUGAUGAAAAGGAUCUUCAAGGCUAACCACCUGGAAGACAAAAUUAGUAUCAUCAAGAAACGGCCUGAGUUGCUAACGUCUGCAGACCUGGAGGGUAAGAAGGUCUCGCUGCUCCUGGGUGAACCCUUCUUCACCACCAGCCUGCUGCCAUGGCACAACCUAUACUUCUGGUAUGUCCGUACCUCUGUGGAUCAGUACCUGGAGCCUGGAGCUGUGGUGAUGCCCCAGGCUGCCUCACUGCACGCCAUGGUCGUGGAGUUCAGGGAUCUGUGGCGGAUCCGGAGCCCUUGUGGUGACUGUGAAGGCUUUGAUGUGCACAUCAUGGAUGAUAUGAUUAAGCACUCCCUGGAUUUUCGAGAGAGCAGGGAGGCAGAGCCCCACCCAUUGUGGGAGUACCCAUGCCGAAGCCUCUCUGAGCCUCAGGAGAUUCUGACCUUUGAUUUCCAGCAGCCCAUCCCCCAGCAGCCUGUGCGCGCUGAGGGCUCCAUGGAACUGAGAAGACCUGGGAAGAGCCAUGGGGCUGUCCUGUGGAUGGAAUAUCAUCUGACGCCAGACAGCACAGUCAGCACCGGCCUCAUGAAUCCUUUGGAAGACAAGGGGUACUGCUCCUGGAACCCCCACUGCAAGCAAGCUGUGUACUUCUUCAGCACCACACUGGAUCCUAGAGUUCCUCUGGAUGGCCCUCAGUCAGUCAGCUAUGCUGUGGAGUUUCACCCGCUCACUGGAGACAUCACCAUGGAGUUUAGGCUUGCUGACACAUUGAACUAACCUUCCCUUGUUGAGAAAUUAAAUGGCCAAUAGGCUGCA